CAUCAGACCAUCCUUCCACUCGAGCCAGAGCUACAGACUCAGGACGUUCUGUCGACGUUUGUCCUGUAUUUCCAGAAUGCGAAGGGCUUUGGGUCGAAGGUUGAUACCGUUGCAGGACAUCUGCUUCUUCUGCGCCUUCCGGACGACCUUUAGUUCUCAAACUCCUGUUGCACCACGGCUAACUGCCUCUCGACGUUCAUAUAAUACCAGCGCUCCGUCACGACGCCCCGCGACCGCUGCGGCCCCGAUCCAAGAAGACGAACCCCCAUCGUCGCCUUCUAGAGAGGUCGAAGGCUGGAGAUGUGGCUGUGGCCAUGUAAAUGCAGUCCGCCGGUCUGAAUGUACCAUAUGCGUUACACCACGCUCAAAGAAUGCCUCUCUUGUCUAUAAGGACAUUAUACCUUCCGCUCCUCCCCGCCACUCACAACCUCCGGCCCCUCCGAACCGGACUGCGCAGACUCGACCCGUGGCGCCACCCUCCUCGUUGGACCGGCGGGAAGGUGUAAACGGACGUCCUGCAAACCCUAGCCACAUCGCACCCACACCAGACAAGACGGGCCCCGAUUCUGCGCAAAGGUCAAGACAUUUUUAUCCCGAGGCAGGUGGUCCUCGCAUUACUUUUCACACUGACAGAAACGACUCCCGGCCCGAUGUACCGCGGUCUCCGAGGAAUGCCAACCGUGAGCAAAGACAAGAUGCAGCCUUGGGCAACAUGGCAAGGUCUCAGGACAGACAGCAAAGGCAAAACUGGAAUUUUCCUGUGCAAGAACAGUCUGAGGGUGUCAGGAUCCGACGAUUCAAUGCUAGAACGGAAAAUUCACCGAAUGGUCAAGCGUCGCCACAGACCAAUCGCAGCGAUUCGUAUGAUCGAGGAAGGUUUAAUUCUUUUUUUGAAAAGGGACUACCAAAGUCCCCUCGAGAUGCAAGAGAACCUCGCGAUGGCCGUCAGCGUUCCGACAACCGAGAUUCCUUCACUCAGAGAUCCAGCCUACAGGAUCUCUUGGGCGGACGACCAGAUGGAAGCUUCCAAGAACACUCACGCAGUCAACCGCGUGGUGCGUCGAGUUUCCAAGAUCGAAGUCAACCGCGUCGUGGAAAUCUGAACAGGAUUGCCUCGUUCGACAGAGGCGGACAACAAGCAACGCAGCAGUUGUCACAAACACCAGGUGAAGCCAGCCCGGAUUUGGAGGAUAUUGUUGACCAGGACGUCAAUAAUGUAAUAUCUGCGGAUAUACUGGAGGAUUCGGGAACGUUCAGCCAUCGCCGACAGAAGAAAGGUGACGCCAAACUUCCGGACAGACGAAGUCGAGUCUAUGAGAUAGAAGAAGACAAUGAAGCAGAAGCGGCAGAUGUCAGCCGUAAGUCUCGAAAAGGGGGUCGAAGGAGAAGAGAGGAAUAUGACGAGGAUGAUGAUGAACGCGCCAUUGCAUCAGGCCACCACUCAAGACGCACUCGGGAGCAUGAGUCUUUCCAAGACAAUGAAUCCGAUCUGGACGACCGAUCGCAGACUCAACAGUCUUCUAACACAUUCUGGGAAAAGCAAGAACCAUCACGGCCCAUAAUUCAUAUUCCCGAGUUCAUCAGUGUGCAGAAGCUGGCACAGAUGCUCGGAGUAAGGCUAAACACCUUUUUGGCUCAAUUAGAGGAGGAAGGGUUUGAAGACGCAAGACAUGACCACGUCCUUGAUGCGGCAACGUCUGCGAUGUUCGCUGACUUCCAUGGGUUCGAACCGGUUAUGUCUGAUCAAAGCGAAAUGAAGGACUUGGUAGCUCGACCACCAUCAGAAGAUCCGACAGUGCUACCGCCUCGGCCACCGAUUGUGACGAUCAUGGGUCAUGUGGAUCACGGCAAGACGACGAUCCUUGAUUAUCUCCGCAAGUCUAGUGUUGUGGCAUCUGAACACGGAGGAAUCACACAACACAUAGGCGCGUUCUCGGUGACAAUGCCCGGAUCGGAAAGAAAUAUAACUUUCUUGGAUACCCCUGGACACGCAGCCUUCUUAGAGAUGCGGCGACGUGGGGCAAAUGUCACUGACAUUGUGGUGCUUGUCGUUGCGGCAGACGACAGCGUAAAGCCGCAAACCAUCGAGGCAAUCAAGCAUGCACGUGAGGCAAACGUCAACAUUAUCGUUGCCAUCAACAAGGUCGACAAAGAGGAAGCGAACGUUGAUCUUGUAAAGCAAGAUCUAGCACGACAUGAGAUUGUGGUUGAAGAUUACGGUGGUGAGUAUCAGUCGAUUGCCGUGAGCGGAAAGACUGGGCAAGGCAUGUCGGAUCUCGAAGACGCCAUCAUUCUACUGGCCGAUGUGAAUGACUAUCGGGCCGACAUUGACGGUCCAGUCGAGGGCUCGGUCAUUGAGAGUAAGGUGACCUCUGCAGGUCGAGUUGCCACAGUAUUGGUCCGGCGAGGCACAUUGAAACCGGGGCAUUGCAUCGUUGCAGGCACUACAUGGGCACGGGUGCGGACUCUCAAGAAUGAUCUUGGAGGGUAUCUCGAGGAAGCGGGGCCGGGCACACCGGUCCAAGUGGAUGGCUGGCGAGGAGACGAUCCUGACGCAGGUCUGGAAGUUCUGCAAGCAGAGACCGAGCAACAAGCCAAAGCAGUGGUUGAACUUCGUCAAGAAAAGGCCGAGACGAUUCGGAAAAUGGCAGAGGUUGCCUCGAUCAACGCAAACCGCACGGAGGAAGCGGAAGCUCGUGCUCAAACGGUGGAAUGGGAGCGCGAGCAAGGAUACUUCGAACGACGGCCGCACCGGCGACCCAAGGACAAUGAAGGGUGGGUUGCAAAUGAUGCCUCUGGGCCCAAGCGUGUACACUUCGUUGUCAAAGCCGAUGUUGCUGGCAGCACGGAAGCGCUGGUAGCGGCAAUCCGUGGAAUUGGUAACCAAGAGGCAGUAGCAAAUAUCAUCCACAGUGGCACAGGACAAGUCAGUGAGUCAGACAUCAAAUUGCUGGCAGCCACUGGGGAAGUGGGAUACGCCAUCUCUUUCAACCAACCAGUGGAUAAUUCGGCUCGCCGGCUCGCCGAAGCGGCUGGCCUUCAGAUCCUUGAGCACAACAUCAUCUACAAGGUUACGGAUGAUGUCAAGGACAAGGUUGCGAACGAACUCCCUCCGCUAAUAACACAAAAAGUGCUUGGGGAGGCCGAGAUCGGCCAGAUCUUCGAGGUUUCAGUGAAGCGCAAGACGAAGAAGAUUGCGGGCUGCCGGAUCAGUAACGGGAUCAUAACUCGGUCAGCAAAGGUUCGAGUCUCUCGGAACGGCGAAGUGGUGUUCAAUGGCAUGCUGGACUCUCUCAAAAACGUCAAGAAGGACGUGACAGAAAUGCGCAAGGGCAGCGAAUGCGGAAUGGCAUUCGAAAACUGGGACGCUUUCGAAGAAGGCGACCAGAUCCAGUCCAUCUCGGAGACCAGAGAGAAGCGGGUCUUGUACUAAUUUAGACAGCGCAUCUAACACAGUCAAGACGUGUCUAGAGCGUGUGGUCAGCAUGGAGGGUGUUUUUGCCACGGGCCCGGCCAGAAUUUCCGGGCGCGUACCGACGAAAUGAUAUGAAACACGGAGGGAGGAGGAUACGAAGUACGUAUCGUGUACACAUAUAGAAUCAGGGGGAUGAAAUAGAAUGCAAGGCUGAGACUCAGCCUUGUGCAGAUACAGUCUCUUUGCUGGUUGUUGGUGGCUGAUGACUGCUUGUGAGUAUUUGAUUGGUCGAUGGCAUGGGCGCAGCAACCAAGAAUCGUUGUCAGCCAAUCAUGUGGUGGUGGCCACCUACUCUUCAACACGUCUUCUUGGACGUCAAUUACUCUUCUCA